AUGCCUCCGAAGAAGGCUCUGGCUGCAGCCACGGAAUCUGGCGCCGUGUCCGCCCGCGAAAUGAAGCCUGAAGAAGCUUUUUUCCUCGUUGAAUGUGUCCGUGCUAUCGACACUGAUGGUCUUGUCAACUUGACCAAGGUGACCAACGCCUUGGGCAACAAAAGUAUCCCCGCCAUGGGCAACCGUUUCCGCGCUCUGAGAAAGAAAUACGGCCUCAAUCUGGGCGCGAAGAGCGGUUCCUGUGUCAUCACCAGCCAGGACGGCGGCAACUCUGCUGCUGGCCCUGCUUCUUCAAGCCAGGAGUCUUCUUCGUUCGCGACCCCGGCCAAGACUCCAGUGAAAGUCGAGGCUGAUUCCGAUGAGGAUAAAGAAUCCGACGAGGCCACUCCCGUCCCCGUCACCGCGAAGAAGGCCAACGUCCGUCGUCCUCGCAAAGGCGCAAAGGCGAAUCAGGGACCGAUCUCCGCUGCGAAGACUCCUCUGCCCGCGACGCCCGUCAUUCCCUCCUCCGCGAACGAGUCUUCCUGUUUCCCGGAGAGCACGACCAAAGCCACGCCGACUCCGAAUCCUGCUGCCGCGGCCUCUGGCUCUGGCGUCAACGCUGUCCCUCCCAAGCGAGGCCGCCGUGCAUGUCCUGGCGCCAGCAAGCCGGUGAACAAGUCCUCCGUCUCUUUCGACCCGUCCGUCAACAUGGAAGAUGUUCCCGCGCCACCGGACACUCGCAACAUCGCUGGUCGUAAAAACCCUAACCCGCUGCCCAAGAAUGGUGUUGUCAACAACAACCAGUCUUCUGAAUUCCCCUCUGCUUACGCGGACUGGGAGCGCUGGUCUGAGCACGUGCAGAAGGAGGUCCAGGCCAAGUCGAAGACUGCGGCGAAGACUGCCUCUGCAUCGGGCGAUGGCGAAGACGAGGCCACUCCUGUCGCUAAGCACUAG